AUGUAUAGUAUAUCUACUACUUCAAUAGUUUAUCAAAAUUAUAUAUUUAUAGCAAAUUUAUUUAAAAAACAUAGAGCAUAUGAGUGGCUUUGUAAAAAUGAAAAAGGAAGUAGUGAUGAUGAUUUUUUUUUAUGUUAUGAACAGGAAAAUUCUAUUCAAUUUUUAUUAACAUCAGGAUUUAUUAUUCAAUUUGCAUCAGGUUCAAUUGGUAGUAUCUUAAUUAAAGUAAUUUCAAAAAAAUAUGUAGCACAAAUAGGAUUUUUUUUUAUAUUUAUUGGAUGGAUAUUCUUAUGUGUAUCAUUAUCUUAUUCAAAAUAUUAUUUUGAACAUAAAAUAGAAAAUAAUUUUCAAGUAGUUUCGUUAUUUUUUAAUUUAGCUUUUAUUUGUUUUGGUUUAGGAUCUGAUAACUCUUACUUACCAAUUAUUUAUUACAUCAAUGAGAGAUAUCCAGUUAAGGAUGAUAUAAUUAAAUCAUGUAGUUUAAAUGAUAAAUUUAAUAAAUUGAAGAAUCUGUUAAGAAAUAAAAAUUAUAUAUUAAUUAGUGCCAUGUCUUCUCUAGCUGUUUUAAGUUUAUUUGUUGGUAAUGUAAUAAAUGCCACAUUAGAUUUUUUUGAUUUUGAAAAUAAUAUUAUUAUUGUUGUAUUAAUUUAUAUUUCAUUAUGUGUUAUCCCUUCAUUUUUAAUAACUAAUUUUCUUGAAUACAAAAAAAAUUAUCAUGAAGAAGAUUCUAAUUGUAUAAAAACUGAAUACAGUCAUGAAGGAAAAAAUUUGAAUGUUUUAAAAAAUAUAAAGGAUUAUAAACAUAAAAAUGAAACAUAUUUUAAGAAAAAAAAAAAUUGUGAAAAUAAUUCUUGUGAUAAUAAUGAUAAAAAUAAUUUUGAUAAUAAUUAUGAAGAAAAUUUAAAUAGCAUUUAUAAAAACAAUUCUCAUAAAAAUAAUGAAGAAAACUAUGAAAAUAAGUUUUUUCUCAAAGAGAAUAAUAAUUUUCUAACAAACGAAAACAUUCAAAAAACUAAUAAUGAUAUUGUAAUACAUUUAAACAAUUUUAACUACGAAGACAAAAAUAAGGAAACUUAUGAAUGUAAAAAAGAAAUAAUGAAUAAUAGUGAGGAGAAUAAGGAAAAAAUUAAAAAUUUAAAUAAUUGUACUACUGAAAAAAGUUCAUCUGAAUUAACUAGUACAAAAGAUAAUAUUUCCAUAAAAAAUACAGAUUUUUCUCUUUUGAAAAAACAAGUGACUUCUUCAUUUUUUAUAUUUAUUAUAAUAGAAUUCUUUAUAAUAACUUUUAGUAUUUGCUUUUUUAUGUUUUCUUUAUUUGAUAUAUAUGAAAAAAAUGCUUUUGGUAACACAUUAAACAUUUAUUCUUACUUUUUACCAUCAAGUUUUAUUAUUACAUUGAUAUUUGGUUUUGUAGCUGAUAUUAUAGGAAUUUAUAACUUCAUUACUUUUAAUUUAAUAUUAGGAAUUUCUCUAUUUUCUUUUAUAUUCAUAUAUUAUAAUACAUAUAAUGUAAUGAUUGGAUAUAUAUCAUUAAUUAUUUAUUUUUUUCAUCAAAGUUUUUACGUAAAUCACAUGUAUAUUUAUAUGUCUACCAUAUUCAGAGAUAAUAAUUUCUCAAUUUUAAUUGGUAUUAUAAAUUCUUUUGCAUGUUGUGGAUUUUAUUUAUCUUAUAAAAUAUAUGAAAAUAUUAAAUAUAAAAAAGAGAGUAUUUAUACAAUAAUAACAAUAGAAAUGAUUAUUUCUUUAUAUGUUAUAAUUUUUCUUUUUUAUUUAAUUUAUGUUAAAAAAAAAAUUUAUCAUAAAUUAAUUCAUAUUUAA